GUGCACGGAAGAAGUCUGGGAGACACUACUCCGAAAGGAGACCCUGCCUGGCGUCUUUGAAGAAAACCAAGAAUCACAGUGGAUGGAGAAGAGAGAGCGAGGAGAGAACAACAGCCUUGUUCACGUUUGAAAACACAAUGGCAGGAAACAGCCUUGUUCUACCUAUCGUUCUUUGGGGUCGCAAAGCACCAACACAUUGCAUCUCAGCGGUACUUUUAACAGAUGAUGGGGCCACCGUCGUAACCGGAUGCCAUGAUGGACAGAUAUGUCUCUGGGAUCUUUCAGUAGAAUUGGAAGUUAAUCCUCGUGCAUUGUUAUUUGGUCAUACAGCUUCGAUCACCUGUUUGUCUAAAGCUUGUGCUUCUAGUGACAAACAGUAUAUUGUGAGUGCAUCUGAAAGUGGAGAGAUGUGUCUCUGGGAUGUGAGUGAUGGCAGAUGUAUUGAAUUUACAAAAUUAGCCUGCACACAUACUGGCAUACAGUUCUAUCAGUUCUCUGUUGGAAAUCAGAGAGAAGGAAGGCUUUUAUGCCAUGGCCAUUAUCCUGAAAUCCUUGUUGUGGAUGCCACCAGCCUUGAGGUGUUAUACUCCUUAGUAUCAAAGAUAUCUCCAGACUGGAUUAGCUCCAUGAGUAUUAUUCGAUCCCACCGAACACAAGAGGACACUGUGGUAGCCCUCUCAGUGACGGGCAUCCUGAAGGUGUGGAUUGUCACCUCUGAAGUAAGUGGCAUGCAGGAUACAGAGCCAAUAUUUGAGGAGGAAUCCAAACCAAUUCAUUGUCAGAAUUGCCAAAGCAUCUCCUUUUGUGCGUUCACACAAAGGUCACUUCUAGUUGUGUGCUCCAAAUAUUGGAGGGUAUUUGAUGCUGGAGACUAUUCCCUGCUGUGUUCAGGUCCUAGUGAAAAUGGACAGACAUGGACUGGAGGUGACUUUGUAUCAGCAGAUAAAGUAAUCAUUUGGACUGAAAAUGGACAAAGUUACAUUUACAAACUACCUAACAGUUGCCUUCCAGCGAGUGACUCUUUCCGCAGCGAUGUGGGGAAAGCCGUGGACAGUUUAAUUCCUCCGGUGCAACAUAGCCUCUUGGAUCGAACAGACAAAGAGUUGCUAAUUUGUCCUCCCGUGACUCGGUUCUUCUAUGGAGCCAGGGACUACUUCCAUAAACUGUUAAUUCAGGGGGAUUCUUCUGGAAGAUUGAAUAUUUGGAACAUAUCAGACACACCUGAUAAGCAGGAAGGUGAAGAAGGAUAUAGUAAAUCAGGGUUGGAAAUAACAACUUCUGUUAGUUUGCAAGAAGCAUUCGAUAGGCUCGAUCCUUAUCCUGCUGGAAUUAUAGAUCAGCUGAGUGUGAUUCCCAACAGUAAUGAACCGCUUAGAGUAACCGCAAGUGUGUACAUACCAGCACACGGACGACUUGUCUGUGGUCGCGAAGACGGAAGCAUCAUCAUUGUACCUGCCACACAGACUGCCAUAGUACAGCUGCUGCAAGGGGAACACAUGCUCCGAAGAGGUUGGCCACCUCACAGAACACUCCGUGGUCAUCGGAACAAAGUCACAUGUUUGCUAUAUCCUCAUCAGGUCUCAGCUCGUUAUGAUCAAAGAUAUCUGAUAUCUGGAGGUGUGGACUUUUCGGUCAUAAUUUGGGACAUAUUUUCUGGAGAAAUGAAACAUAUCUUCUGUGUGCACGGUGGCGAGAUCACUCAACUCCUGGUUCCACCUGAAAACUGUAGUGCAAGAGUGCAGCACUGUGUCUGCUCUGUAGCCAGUGACCACUCAGUAGGACUCCUAAGUUUGCGAGAGAAAAAAUGCAUUAUGCUGGCAUCUCGUCAUCUUUUCCCUAUUCAAGUGAUUAAGUGGAGGCCUUCUGAUGAUUACCUGGUAGUGGGAUGUUCAGAUGGCUCUGUGUAUGUCUGGCAAAUGGAUACUGGCGCAUUGGAUCGUUGUGUGAUGGGGAUAACAGCCGUCGAGAUACUGAAUGCUUGUGACGAAGCAGUUCCUGCUGCGGUCGAUUCGCUUAGUCAUCCAGCAGUCAAUCUCAAACAAGCUGUGACAAGACGAAGUCUUGCUGCUCUGAAAAAUAUGGCCCAUCAUAAGCUACAAACCCUUGCAACUAACCUCUUGGCUUCUGAGGCGUCUGACAAAGGAAAUUUACCUAAAUAUUCACAUAACUCCCUGAUGGUUCAAGCAAUAAAGACAAACCUGACAGACCCAGACGUACACGUGCUCUUCUUCGACGUGGAGGCGCUGAUCAUCCAGCUCCUGACCGAAGAAGCCUCGAGGCCGAACACUGCGCUCAUCUCCCCGGAGAGCUUGCAGAAGGGGCCCGGCAAGUCAGACAAAGGCGGCUCUUUUCUGACGGGGAAGCGGGCCGCGGUUCUCUUCCAGCAGGUGAAAGACACCAUCAAAGAGAACAUAAAGGAGCAUCUCCUUGACGAUGAAGAGGAGGACGAGGAGACAAUGAGGCAGAGGAGGGAAGAAAGCGAUCCUGAAUAUCGGGCCAGCAAAUCUAAGCCCCUGACCCUAUUAGAAUAUAAUUUAACUAUGGACACUGCAAAGUUGUUCAUGUCCUGCCUUCAUGCCUGGGGUUUGAACGAAGUUCUGGAUGAAGUCUGUCUUGAUCGCCUUGGAAUGCUGAAACCCCACUGCCCAGUAUCGUUUGGUCUCUUAUCACGAGGAGGUCACAUGUCCCUAAUGCUUCCAGGUUACAAUCGGACGGCUGGUAAACUGACGCACGGGAAAGCGGAAGAAGAAAGGAAGCUUCCAGCCACUGAGGGAGUAGGAAAGGGCACUUACGGAGUGUCUCGAGCCGUCACCACCCAGCAUCUCCUGUCCGUCAUUUCUUUGGCAAAUACCUUAAUGAGUAUGACCAAUGCAACUUUUAUUGGUGACCACAUGAAGAAGGGCCCUACCAGGCCACCUAGACCAAGCACCCCAGACCUUUCUAAGGCACGGGGUUCCCCACCAACGUCCAGAAAUAUUGUGCAAGGACAAAUUAAACAAGGAUGGAGUCAGCUGGCUGCUAUGCAUUGCGUUAUGCUCCCAGACCUGCUGGGAUUGGACAAAUUCAGGCCUCCACUUCUGGAGAUGCUCGCUCGGAGGUGGCAAGAUCGGUGCUUGGAGGUCAGAGAAGCUGCGCAGGCCCUGCUUCUGGCAGAGCUGAGGAGAAUUGAGCAGGCGGGCCGGAAGGAAGCCAUCGAUGCCUGGGCGCCUUAUUUACCUCAGUAUAUGGACCACGUCGUGUCACCUGGGGUCUCAGCAGAAGCCAUGCAGACAAUCACCACUGCUCCUGACACCACCUCAGGACCCGAAGCCAAAGCCCAAGAGGAAGAGCAUGACCUUGUAGAUGAUGACAUCACAACUGGUUGCUUGUCAAGUGUCCCACAAAUGAAAAAAAUUUCCACAUCUUAUGAGGAAAGACGGAAACAAGCUACAGCUAUUGUUUUACUAGGAGUAAUAGGAGCUGAAUUUGGUGCUGAAAUUGAACCUCCUAAACUGUUGACCAGACCUCGAAGCUCUAGUCAAAUUCCUGAGGGAUUUGGUUUGACUAGCGGUGGAUCCAACUACUCACUGGCCAGACAUACCUGCAAGGCACUGACAUUUCUUCUGCUGCAGCCGCCGAGCCCCAGACUCCCUCCACACAGCACCAUCCGGAGAACAGCCAUCGAUCUGAUCGGACGCGGGUUCACCGUCUGGGAGCCUUACAUGGACGUGUCGGCCGUCCUGAUGGGGCUUCUGGAGCUCUGUGCCGACGCUGAGAAGCAGCUUGCCAACAUCACAAUGGGGCUGCCUCUGAGCCCGGCAGCUGACUCCGCCCGCUCGGCCAGGCAUGCCCUGUCGCUCAUCGCCACCGCCAGGCCGCCCGCCUUCAUCACCACCAUAGCCAAGGAGGUCCACAGACACACCGCCCUGGCAGCCAACACCCAGUCGCAACAGAGCAUCCACAUGACAGCCCUGGCGCGAGCGAAAGGGGAGAUUCUGAGAGUCAUUGAGAUCCUCAUCGAAAAGAUGCCUACUGAUGUGGUGGAUCUUCUUGUGGAGGUUAUGGACAUCAUUAUGUACUGCCUUGAAGGAUCCCUUGUUAAAAAGAAAGGUCUUCAAGAAUGUUUCCCAGCCAUCUGCAGGUUCUGCAUGGUCAGCUACUACGAGCGGAGUCACAGGAUAGCCGUGGGGGCGCGCAGUGGCUCAGUGGCCCUGUACGACAUCCGGACUGGAAAAUGUCAGACAAUCCACGGACACAAGGGGCCGAUCACGGCCGUGGCCUUUGCCCCUGAUGGACGCUAUCUGGCCACCUACUCGAACACCGACAGCCACAUCUCCUUCUGGCAGAUGAACACCUCCCUGCUGGGAAGCAUCGGCAUGCUGAACUCGGCCCCUCAGCUGCGCUGCAUCAAAACCUACCAGGUGCCCCCGGUGCAGCCGGCCUCCCCCGGCCCCCACAACGCCCUGCGACUGGCCCGGCUCAUCUGGACUUCCAACCGCAACAUCAUCCUGAUGGCCCACGACGGGAAGGAGCACCGCUUCAUGGUCUGAGGCUGGCGCCGCCCU